AUGUGUUGGAAACCAAUAGUGGCUGGAAAGAUAGCGCAAUGGCUUUGGUGGUCCACUCUUAUAUUUCUGCUUCUCAGGGCUGCAAAACAAUCUGAUGCACAAAUAGAUUUGGCAAAUAAUCAUAAGAGUGAUCUGAAUGAUAAAAAUAUAUGGUAUUCGGGAAAUAUUAGCGCAACAUCUCUUAAACUACAGCCGAAAACACCCAACGAAUUGAAGAUACCAGAAUGCGAAGAUUCGAUCAACGAUUGUGCAUACGGUGGUAAAUGCGUUGCUGAUCAAAAUGGUUACAAAUCUUGCCUCUGCCCAGCGAGUUGUCCAGCUUCAAUUCCGGUGUCAUGUCGUGCCGGUAGACAAGAUGAUUACUGCAUGUCGAUGAGUGAUGAGUAUAGGGAUAGAUAUCUACUGCCAGAACCUGCCUGUCAUAUGGGCAUUUGUGUUUGUCCUCCAAUGUUUGAUUCUUGGAGACUAGAAGGAGCUAUUGAAUUACUUCCCUUCAAAUGCGAUCGAAGAGAACUAAUAGUGCAGGGACGGGCGCUUCCAUCAGAUUCUGUCUAUCAGGGUACUGAUGCCAGUUUAUUUUGUUGCAUUAAUAUGGAUCCGAGAUCAUUUAUUGAUGACGAUGGGGUGGACUUUAUACAGAAUUCAUCAAUCAUACGUGAGCCAACUAAUACACCGUACGAUGAAGUUUUCACUGACGGCAUUGAACCACCACGUUGCUGGUCACUAGAAAUUAAGAACGCACAGUAUAGUGACAGUGGAACAUACCUUUGUCACGUAAAAACAACUGGUAAACAUGAAAUCAACACUAAUCAUACGAUCAAUUUCUUCGUUAAAGAUCAAGGUAGUCUUCCCACUCGCGAACAUUCAUCGUCCAAACUGAAAUUCCUCGAUCUGCUUGCUGAACGACGAAAGUCCAAGAAAUUUGAGGAGAAAACACCUCGAAUUAUUCAAAAUGUGACGGUGAAAACGAAUGCAACUCAUGCGGAAAUUCGAUGGGAUGCUCAGGAUGAUGGACUAAUGCUGAAGAUUGAUUUCAAAUUAGUGCGACGAACAGAUGGGGUUGAAGUGUGGUCAGACAUUAAUGCAAAAUCUGGCGUAGUCAUUGGAGAGUUGUUACCGGCGACUCCGUAUACAUUAUUUAUAUCGGUUUUCGAUGGUCAAAAUGAACCGUUCAAAAUAACCGAACAUUUCAGAACAUCUGAAAGCGCUCCGGAACCACCAACACUGGGUGAAAUACGUGUUCUCAAUCUUCAAGGUGGUUUGUAUUGUGAAGUUGAGUGGAUGCCUCCGAAAACACCUAAUGGACGUAUCAUUAAAUAUUACGUAACAGUACGAGGACAAAUACGACAUGUUUCGUCUGGAGGAAUUUUAUCAAAUGAUGAUUUUCCAGCAGAGGAGAAAAAUCAAUGCGCUAAUUACAAUAAUAAUGAUAGUAGUUAUACGAGUGCGGAUGCUAUUGCAGACUUUUAUUCGUGUCGUUUUGGACCGCUGAAGCCAAAUCGGAAUUAUACUGCAUUCGUGUGGGCUGAGAAUGGUGUUGGUCGAAGUGAAAAUGCAACUUUUUCUGAACAAUGCAUAACGGACUUUGCACAACCGGAUGCCGUGGAUGCUCCUGCUUCGUUAUCACAAAACGGAACAAUAUUUGCUUUAACAUUCAAUAGCGAACCGGAUGAAGUAAAUGGACCUGUGGCAUGUUAUUACGUUGCAAUUGUCCCACUAGCACAGGACGUUGUUAUUGAGAGUUUGCCGUCACCCGAUUCACUUAUUGUUGAUACAUUCCUGAAAACGAUGAGCAAUAAUUUGCAGAGUGAGCAGCUUAAACAAGGUGCAAAACAGAAACGUUACUUUGCAUAUAUUGCGGAAAGUUAUAUGCAAUAUCCAAAGAGAACACUUAUUGGUGAUGGUAAUACUACAGCUGGUGUAGAACCCUGCAAUGUUUUGUACUUGAGUCGUCAUCGACCAGAGGACCCAGCGUUGAAGCCCGGUUUAAAAUAUACUGGUUUCUUGAUUGCACGCGUUGAUCGUGAUCAUUCUACGCGUAGUGAAUCAUUCCGUCACAGUGAUCCUUUUUUCAUGAAGAGGAAGCGGAGGUGGUUAUAUCAGAACACAGAGAAACGAUUUUUGGGUCGAAGCCGUUGGUUUAGUUAUCGUGAGAAUUCAGAACUUCCACGUCAUUUUCGGUCAUCACGACAGUUAAUUGUUAGUGGUCCAGCAUAUGGCUUCAGCGGAUAUUUUAAGCCCGUAAUUUUAGAAGCUUUUGAUGAGCAGUGGGUUCAAUCAUGGAUGACGGUACUGUUCAGUGUGCUUUCUUUGGUUUUGUUCAUUAUGCUAGUCUCCUCAUUUGUUACCUAUAUUUUGCACAGGCGUGGAAUGAUAAAACAGCUAUGUCCGAUGAAUAAGGAUCGCAUACUUCUUAAGCCUCAUUUUCAUGCAACACUCGUUGAUGAUCUACCGGAAGAGUAUGCUAUUAGACGUCGUGACAGCAAUUACCUAUGCAUUUCCGAGUUUGAUGCUUUGCCAAAUUAUCGUUCAAUGGAGUCGAGUGCUUCGGAACGCCUCGAGAAUGCCCACAAAAAUCGUUACAAUGAUAUAAAGGCAUUCGAUGCUACACGUGUCAAGUUACCAGUUAUUGGAAAUGAUCCGUCAACUGACUACAUCAACGCAAAUUUUGUCAAGGGAUACAAAGGUCGAAAAAUGUUCAUUGCAUCGCAGGGUCCGCUAGAUGCCACUACGGAUGACUUCUGGCGUAUGAUUUGGGAGCAUAAAGUGCGGGUUAUUGUCAUGGUCGCCAAUCUAUAUGAGAGAAACCGGUGUCAGUGUGCGAAGUACUGGCCGGAUGAUGGGCCAAAGAUAUAUGAUAAAUUGGAAGUUCGUCCAGUUGAUUCGAUUUACUAUUCUGAUUAUGCAAUACGCAAUUUCGAAGUUCGUCGAAUCCAACCAACGAUAGCGAAUGGUUCUCUCUCCGGAAGUCCUGCAAUCAUUUUGUAUGAAGUUCCGAGUACUACCGAUACAACUGUCGAUCCUUCUGCGGUCAUUGUAAAUAUAAAAUCCCGUUCAUCAUCAGUGCGUGGUUCGAUUGAUUCCAUUCUUAAUGAAAUGUCUUCGAAUUCAAAAAGAAAUUCACGAUGUAGCAAUAGCAAUAUACAGUUAAAUGACGUUCAUUUAGAAACGGAAUUUGUUACUAAAACACCAGAAGUGCGCCAUGUUGUACAAUAUCACUAUACCUCAUGGAACGACCUACAAGCACCGGAAUGUACUACCGGUUUGCUAAGAUUUUUAUCGAAAUUACGCAAACUGGACGAUUAUAUUCGUGGUCCUGUUGUCGUUCAUUGCAGUGCUGGUGUAGGUCGUACAGGUACGUUUAUUGCAAUUGAUAGUUUGUUGGACCAAUGUAUUGAGGAGGGUAAAGCAGAUGUUUUUGGUUUUGUGUCAGAAAUGAGGAAGCAACGAAAUACUAUGGUUCAGAAUGCUGAGCAGUAUCUUUUUAUUUACAAAGCGUUAGCUGAAUGGUAUAUGUUUGGUGAAACUGACAUCGAAGUAAGCCAAUUUCAUGAACAUUACCGUACACUGAACGAGCCACAACUCCGCAAACAGCAGCCACCGGCUAAUCGGUCAGGAUUUGUUGUUGUAAAGCGAUCAACCCCAAAGUUGCGUCAAAUUAACAAUGAUACCUCUAACUUGGAGAAAAUGCCGACUGCAAUGGAAACUGAAUACAAGAAACUGGAGCACACGCUUGAACCGCGUCGGACAUGUAAUUUUGCAUAUAAGCCGGAGAAUGCAGGAAAGAAUCGUUUUGAGAAUGCUGUUCCAUUUGAUCACUGUCGUAUCGUUUUACCAGUUAUUAUUGGAAGUGUUAACGAUUCAACUUAUAUUAAUGCUUCUUUAGUCAAGGGUUACUUUUAUCCUUACAUCCUAGCGCAAGAUCCAAUGGAUGAGCAAACAUGCUACGAUUUUUGGUGUAUGAUUGGCGAACAAAAUUCACGAGCUGUUGUAAUGUUGUCAUCUGAAGCCGAAUUUAUGCCAGCUGAAAAAUACUGGCCGAGUGAAGUAGGACGAAUAAAAACGUUCGGACGAGAUGGUGAAGUGUCAAUCAAAUUAAUAGGAGAAGAGUUAUUUCCAACAUUUGCCUUUCGAAAAUUUACCUACAAGUUUGCAAAAGAAAAAACAUAUCGCGAGGUGAUACAAUAUGCUUACCUGUGCUGGCCGGGAGAUAAAGUACUGCCGGAAUCGAGUGAAUCGAUAAUUGAUUUAAUAAGUCGAGUGCUUUCCUUACAAAGUGACCAUCAAGAAGCCGGCCCCAUUAUUCUACAUUCAAGAGACGGAUCGUUCAAAACGGGUCUUUAUUGUUGUGUGUCGUUAUUACUCGAAAGGCUUAAAGCGGAAAAUCAUGUCGAUGUAUUUCAAACUGUUCGAAGUUUGCAACAGAAAAGACCACUUAUGUUCACGAAAUUUGAACAAUAUGCUUUUUGCUAUAAAGCUGUGAUCGAUUAUCUGGAUACAUUUAACAACAAAGCUACAGUUAAUUAA